AUGGAAACUGAGUCGAUUGUUGGCGAGGCAGAUGCACAGCACCAGCCAGACCACGCCCAUGAGCUGGUGUUUUAUGCUUGGAGGCGUUCAUUUGAGAAGGAUUGCCACGAAAAUGAUGCACAGCGUGCAGUCUACGACCGUCUGCUGAAUCUGAUAGCAGACCACGAAGACACGGACGAUGAAGCGUUGAUAUCGCUACUACUUCGUGACAUCGGCGCUAAGAUGCACUACCUGGACCCGGACUGGGGCUUCGUGGACGCGUCUAACAUCGUAUCUCGUGUCGACGACUGCAUCAUCGCUCUCCAGGAGCAGCCGAAGAAGCAAUUCCUCGAUCCGUUGUCUUGGGAUAUGCCUCCACACAAGGCUGUGGUGGCUGUAGUUAAGGCUGUGCUGCUGCUGUUUGACGUCCCAUUAGCGCCUAACAUUAACGAUGAAGAUAUGUGGCGCGCAUGUUGGGGGCUCUGGAUCGUCAAGAACAUCGACGCUCACUCCAGCGGCUGGGAGUGGAUGUCCCACAACGAACCAAUAGGGCUAUUCACCAAGCCGUACGCGUUGAGCGCGACGAACCUCGACAGGCACCGUUGUUGGCACCAUUUACCAGCCUACGCAUGCUUGAGAGAUUGGGCUGGAGCGUGUGCUGCGUAUCUGCACAUGGUGGAGCACUGUUUGCCUGAAUUCGACGGCUACGACGCGGUUCAAAAGCUCGUGACGCCUCCAAAGCGCACGCCAAAGGACAAUAUCUGGUUCCGCUGCGAGACGGAGGACGGCAUCGACUACUUCUACAACCGCCUGUACCAAUCGAUCACGCUGGAGCGUCCUCCAGACUUCGACGGCGCUCACAUAUCGCCCAAGAACAUCCCAAGCGUAGUCAAGGAGAUCAUCGCUGAAGUUCUGGCGGCGGACGUGUCCAUGAGACUCGAGCUCGAACGACGAGGCAAGCAGAAGAUCCACGCGCACUUGCUCGAUCAAGAUGAAUGGGUCGAGUGUCUUGACACCCACACGCAGACGAAAUACUACUACAGCGUCAGACACUACAAGGUGUCGCCGACUCCUCCAGAGCACGGCGUCUUCGAGACGUACCGAGAGAGCGUUGCGUACGCCGCCGUGUUGCGCUUACAAGCUGCGUAUCGCCGUCGUCGUCUGCAACACAAGACUCAAGUACGAAAGGCAAAACGAGGCACGCUACCGAGCUUCUCCGCCUUCGCUAGCAAAGGACGUACGAAAGCUUAG